AGCAACUAAACCGCUGUGACCCAGUCUCUCUCGAGAAGGUGUGGGAGAGUUGACUGGUUGUCGCAGGAGGAUUAUGAUGAAGAAAUGUCUUGUAAUAAUAUUUUCGUGUUCAUGAAAAAUCGAGGCCAUGUGAUGUGAUGUAAUUUGGAAUUGGAAUAUGAUAUCCCGGUGUGCGACGGUGGACCGAUGUGCCUUAUUCGAUCAUCAACAUCCUCCCUACCUCGUUUAUCGAGGCUUGCAUUCGCCGGUUACUGUCGUUUAGGUGCACCACCACCACCACCACCACCACCAUCUGAGGGUGGCAUUCCGACUCUAACAACCAGCGUUUUUUCUCGCUCUGGCAUUCAUUACGGCUGCUGUAAUUCCAAAUCUAAUAUAAUUAUUCCCUUCCUUCUUCUUCUUGCGAAGGCCAUGGUUUAUUCUUCCCCGUCUCCUUGUUCCUCUCGAUCUGAACUGCAACAACAACUACCCAACAUUAUCAAGCAGAAGCAGCACCACUCGUCAUUUUUGGGAGGAGGAGGAAAAAGUGAUGCGAUCGGGGAUGGCGAGCACUUAGUUUCAUUCAAUAACUACCACAAGGAUGCUGCUGAUGGCUGCUGUUCUUCUUCAAAAGAUGAUAUUAGUAAUGAUGAUGAAAAGAAGGUAGAUGAAACGGAGCCAUUUCUCCCUCGCUCUUCUUCUGCCCCUGCUAUUGCUUUCCAGCAGAGGAGGAGAAGAGGAGGGGCCACAGGCACAGGCACUGGAACGGGCACCCCAACCUCAUCUCCCACUCCACCUCGCCAGCAAUCAUUCAGGCAAGAUGUGGGUCACGCUGCUGCUGAAACUUACCUCGUCACUCGUCUCACCUUCACCUUACUGCGCUACCUCGGGGUAGGUUACCGAUGGAUUAUGCAGUUGCUGGCCCUUGGUUGCUAUGCUCUGUUGCUUAUGCCAGGUUUCCUGCAAGUGGGGUAUUACUAUUACUUUUCAAGACAGGUCCGUAGAAGUGUGGUUUAUGGGGAUCAACCGAGAAACAGGUUAGAUCUAUAUUUGCCUGUGAAUCUUGACGAGCCAAAGCCAGUUGUGGCAUUUGUAACUGGGGGUGCUUGGAUUAUAGGGUACAAAGCUUGGGGUGCUCUUUUGGGACAAGAAUUAGCAGAACGGAAUGUCAUAGUAGCUUGCAUAGACUAUAGGAAUUUCCCCCAAGGAACCAUAAGUGAUAUGGUGAAAGAUGCUAGCCAGGGUAUCUCCUUUGUAUGCCAGAAUAUUACUGAUUUUGGAGGUGAUCCGAACAGGAUCUUUGUAAUAGGCCAAUCAGCAGGUGCACAUAUUGGUGCUUGUGUCCUUUUAGAUCAGGCAAUAAAAGAAUGUGGGGAGCAAGAGGAUUUGACAUGGAGUGUAUCCCAAAUCAAGGCUUACUUUGGAAUAUCUGGCGGGUACAACCUACUGAGCUUAGUUGAUCACUUCCAUAGGCGAGGGCUCUAUCGUUCUAUCUUUCUGAGUAUAAUGGAAGGAGAGCCAUCCUUACAGAGGUUUUCCCCAGAACUGGUGGUACAGGAUCCAGCAAUGAGACAUGCAGCUUCGCUUUUGCCCCCUAUUGUUCUUUUCCAUGGAACAAAGGAUAUUUCUAUUCCUUCACAAGCAAGUAAGACUUUUGCUGAUGCUCUCCAGCAAGUUGGAGCUGAAGUCAAGUUAAUUAUAUAUGAAAGAAAAUCCCAUACCGAUUUGUUUCUACAAGAUCCACUAAGGGGGGGUUCUGAUGAGCUUCUCCGUGAUAUACUUGCUGUCAUUCAUGCUGGGGAUGCAGCUGCCCAAGCUGAUGAUGUGCGAGCACCUCCAAGACGGCGUCUCGUACCUGAGUUUAUGUUGAAGUUGGCCCACAAAGUCAGCCCAUUUUAAGGAUAUUGUGGGAAUGAAAGCAGCAUGCUAAGCCCUUCAAUUCAUUGAGCCCCAUUGUGUGCAAAUAUUUGUAAACUCACUUAAGGGCCUUUCCACAUGCAUUGACAUUUUAUUUCACUUAACCUGAUCCUACUCCCUCCCCACCCAUCUAUGGAUCAAGGUUCUAGAACUUGGGACUCGAACUUGGUUCACAUACACUCAGCUUGGCAACCUGAUUACUGACACGCAUGUGUGUUUGGGGGAAGGGGGGGGGGGGGGGGGUUACCUCAAUUGAAAACCUUUUACUGGUAGGUUGGCUAGGAUCAAACCGCAAUAACAAUUGCCUUCUAGUUGAGUUGUUGGUUGCAACCCCGUCCAAUGAAAUUGAUGAAGAACACAUCCCUACAACGCCCACUCCCAUCUAUAUUGGAGUUGAGUAGACCCUCUAUUUAAGUGGUUUAGGACAUGUGAGAUGGACCAUUCAUGGCCAUAAUCCAUGUUUAAAGCAUAUGUUGUGCUCUCAUGGGAGCAUAUUGUACAUUUGCUCCCUUGGGUGGAGAAGCAAUUUGGGAGGAUUUUUCUUUUUUUUUUCAAUUAUAAUCUCAUAUUUUGGGAUUCACCUAAGAAUUGCCAUAUGACAAUUAUUAAAAAAUGAAAUUCGUAUUUUGAAUUCUUCAACACUUA